CUCAGUCUUUAUCAAGCGAACACAACCCAUUCGAGCAGGACAGCGCAAUCACCCGGCGGUGCAGUAACGGCAGUCGGCUAACUUUAUCCGAGCAGAAGUUGUUGAGCCCGUUCAGUUAGUUUCCAGUCGCCUAUCGGGUCGCACGCUUUCCUCGAAACUAGAAAACUUUUCGUAACUUCACUAUGACGUUACGCUGCGUGCUGGCGGUUCUGGCGCUCGUGGGGGCCUCUCUGGCCGGCGAAGAUGUUAAGCAAUUGAAGGUGGACGUGGUAAGCGUCCCAGAAGGAUGUACUGUAAAGUCUAAACACGGCGACAUGCUCACCAUGCACUACACCGGCACUCUGGAUGAUGGUCACAAGUUCGACUCCAGUCGGAAAAAGGGGAACGGCAAUGACUAUGAUCGCGACCAGCCAUUCACCUUCCAAAUAGGAGUAGGACAAGUGAUCAAGGGAUGGGACGAGGGCCUACUGGACAUGUGUGUUGGUGAAAAGCGUAAACUGACGAUUCCCUCCUCCAUGGGCUACGGCGAGCGCGGAGCCGGCAACGUGAUACCUCCCCAUGCGACCCUGCACUUCGAGGUGGAACUCAUCAACAUUGGCGACUCUCCCCCAACCACCAACGUGUUCAAGGAAAUCGAUGCCGACAAGGACAACAUGCUGUCUCGCGAAGAAGUGAGUAUCGAGUUAGCCUUCCAAGCCAUGGAUACCGAUGGAGACAAAGAAUUGUCUCGCGAGGAGGUUAGCGAGUACCUGAAGAAGCAGAUGGUUCCCGCCGACGGUGCUGAAAUGAGCGAGGACAUCAAGCAGAUGUUGGAAUCUCACGACAAACUGGUCGAAGAGAUCUUCCAGCAUGAGGACAAAGACAAGAAUGGUUUCAUCAGCCACGAGGAGUUUUCGGGUCCGAAGCAUGAUGAACUCUAGGAAGAAGAACAGGUCAUCACGACCGUGGUCGUUGAGACCAAUGCAGUAACCAGGGAAUGCAUAAAAAAAAGAAUUGAUAAUCAUGCUUAUAAGAAGUAUAAGUAUAAUCAUUAUUAUCAAUACACUAAUUCAAAGGAUGGUAAAUCCCUACACAGCAGGCAAAAAGAUGACCUUUAAACAUGACCGUGACUUUCAAAGUGUUGGAAUGAGUGAUGGAAAAUAUAGUUUCGGACCAGUGUCAAAAUUUCUUUUGCGGAAAUAAUUUUAAUCAAUUCUUUAAUAUAGAAUACACAGGUGAAUGAUAUUUUUAGGGUUAUGUGAGAGUAAAGAUAUUUUGUUGAGUCUUUUGUACUUAGUUACAUAAUUAUGUUGUUAGUGUAUCUUUGAUUUAGUUUUAAGUUAACGGGGGUAGAGACAGUGGUAAAUGAAUUGAAAUUUUAUUUCCAUUACAGCAAUCAGAAUAGUAAUUAUUAAUUUGAUAUGUACAUGCGUCUCUCUACUUUAUAUCAGUUAAUGAAAAAAAUAAACUUUUUUUUGCAUGGUCAUCACUCAUAUUUCUGUACUGGAUACAAACUUUUAUUUUUCAUUCUAUACCAAAUUAAAUACUCAUCUUCUUCAAUGUUUCUAAUACGUUGCCUCAUUACUCAAAAAUACGAUAAUUAUAUACUCCUUAUUAUUAUGUAAAUAUCAUGCGUUAAAUUUUGUUCAACCUACUUGUUCUGAAUUUGAAUACAAACCUACGUGUCAUCUUUACCCCUGUUGCCUUAGGUAAAUACUCUUGACACAAAAACAUUUCCAGCAUAAUAUUACCUAAGAGCCUACUGUAUGUCUGCGCUCUCUGAAAUACCUACUUAAGUACUUUUUUACUUUUAAUAUGUUUUGGCAAUUUUAUUAUAAUUUUUUUAGAAAUUCAAUCAAAAAUGUGAAAUGAUACCUACUUACUUUUAAUACCCGCGUAAUUUUCUAGGCAUUCGAUAUUCAAAUCAUCACUCAUAUUUGAAUUUUAAAAAACACCUACCGAAAUUGUUGUAGGUAUGGAGUUGUAGAUAUGUCUGUCUGUAUUAUCUAUAGCUAUAUGUCAUGACAUGAAAUAUGGACGGAGAGCGCAAACUGUUCACCUUCCUCAAUGUUUGUUUUGUUAUUAUUUUUUUACAAAUUAACAUAUUCCCAUCAAUUGUAAGGGUGUCAUUCUAUUGAUGGCACUAUAAUUAUUUUAAGGCCUCAAUCCUCGUCAAUUGCACACACCUCAUCUCACAAAUUAUACCUACUUAAGUACAUCUUGAAAUUGUAAAAUUAACUGGUACCAAUUCUAUAUCUAUUCUACUAAUGAGUCAUAUAUGUUUUCUAAUAUUUUACUGUUAGAGUUCAUUAUUUUGACUUCAGUGUUUAAAUUUAUUUUUUAAUAAAAAACUUUAAAAAUACCAUUCUUAGAUAAUAGUUUCUAGUUACAAUCUCGAUGUCUAUUUAUCCAUAAGGUACCUACAGUCAAGACCACAUUAUCAGCUACCGAUAGUGCAGCAAACUGAACGCCACGCAGUACCUUGACUGUACUUACUUUUAAAAUAUAUGAUUCAUUAGGAAAUAACAUAUUUAAACAUUAUGCAAUUUGAAAAUUGCUUAGUCUAUAGUUCCACAUUAAAAUGUGCGCAUAUAAUCAGACAACACAAUAUUCUAUAGAUAUAGUUAUAUUCGAUGUUCAUUCCGAAUGAUAAAUAAAGUUCUGCAGUUGA